GCAUGGUUUGUCCUGCAGGGGGCGACCUGAGCCCGUGUGGACAGGGGCGUCAGUCUCCUCUGCUCUCUCCUCUCCUUCUCUUCUCUCCUCCUCCCUGUUUUCCAGCGAUGCUGCAGACUGUAUACUCCUCAUCACGGCUCAGCCUGGAUGCUUCACCUCCUCCUGCCUCCUCCUCUUCUCCUCUUCACCGUGGAACUCCUCUUCCGGCGGAUCGCACCUGAAACUGAAACGAUAAGGACACCAGAUGUCAUGAGGACCAAAUUAGACAUGAUACCCAACACUCUGAUUAUUGCCUCACUGGAAUGAAAAUGUGAAAAUCAGUGCUAGGCCCCCUGCUGUGCCACUAAGACUCUUUGAUGGGUAGACUGACUUUUUCCUGAUUGAUGCCAUGGAUGAGUGAUCGUUAAAGUGCUCUUCAGGGCGCUGUCAAGUCAGAGCUGUUUCCAAAAUGUGUGAUCGAGGAGAGCCCUUCGGCGAGGGGGAGCUGAGGAAUAACAACCAGCAGGCCGGAUUGCUGGCUGACGGGGACGCCAACGCCAAUGAGAUCCGGCCAGAGGAUGGUAGGGGGACGGGUGAUACUGGCACUCUGUCGGCGGUGACCACUGAGCAGACGGAGCAGGACAAAGUCAUCAUCUGGGGUACAGACUCCCAGUGUGACGACCCCGAGCUGGCUGAGUUUGAGAUGCUGGAGUGCCAGGAGCUGGAGGCCUACCUGGUGGACGACGGAGAGGACUUUGUCGGGCUUGCAGACCGGAAGGACCUUCAUGAGCAGCCUUCAUCGUGCAGCAAAGCCACAGCAGAACGGGACACAGAUAAUAAGAGCAGAGAAGAAAGACGGUCUGUUCUGCAUUGUGCCAGUGAGCAGGAAUGCAGUGCCUCUCAUGUCUCUGAGAGCAGAGAGGCCUCCAGAACCGAGUUAAGCUCUGAAGCUGAUGUCUUUGUGACCUGUCUGUCCACCAUUUCAAGCAUGGACACCGCUAUGGACACUGCCGGGCGGACCCAGACGACAGACUCCUGGCACAUCGCCUCAACCAUCUCAGAGGACCUGACACUCAUUUCACAGACGUGUAACACCGCCACAGAAACAACCAUGGCCUCUAGAAGAGAUGACCACCCCUGCAAAAGCACAAAAACACUGAAAGAUGUGGACAUGAAUUUGAAUUCAACAGUUCGGUCAGAAGUGAGCAAUGGCGUUGUCACUGAUGAGUGCAGGAAGAACAAUAACCAGAGAAAUAAAGCGGGGAUCACCAUUUCAGAGGGCGAUUGUGAUCGAGGGAGAAGCACCGAGCACAAGCGUUUACACACUGCAAAAAAAGCACACGAAGAAAGCAACACUAAAAUGGAUAAAAGCACACAAGCCGACGAGGCUCCUGAUGUGAACUACAGCCCACACAAAACAGGUAUAAAGGCGACUCAAUCAUCGAUAGAAUCCAAAGCCAUAAAGAAACAAGGAUCAUUUGAUAACUCACUGAGAAAACAAAAUUCCUUCGACAGGAGUUUUAAGAAGCAGCCGUCAUUUGAGAAUUCCUUCAAGAAGCAGCUCUCCUUUGAUAACAGCUUAAAAAAGCAGGGCUCCUUUGAGAACACUGUCACCACCAGCUCUUCCAGUCUGGAGAGAAGGAAGCCAUGGGGGAGCCCGAGCCGACCUUCUUCCCCUAAAACUACCUCCUCGUCCCCCAAGAGACGUCCGCCUGGUUCCCCAGCCAAAGUCCAGGGCAUGAGGGCUCUGAGCCUGGAGCGCAGCGACUCCCCUCAGAGAGGUCUAAGUCAAACAGUCAAACCUCCGGGUAAAACAAGUUUGAGCAGCGGUAUCCCCAAACCAGUCAUGUCUCAGCAGAAAGAGCCUGAACCCAGGAGGUCUUCUCCUCCACAGAAGCCUAAAAAUGUCCGACCGAAAAUCAUCACCUACGUCCGAAAGAAUCCUCAAGCAAAACCACAAUCAGCAGAUGCCCCAUAUGAGGCGUCUACAGUCCCGCAAAGACUGUCCUCUUACUCCAGCCCGCAAGCUCAAAAAGACCAAAAGGUCGGUCCUCAGCCUAAAUCCACAGCGGUGCUUUGUUCCUCCAACCUGCUGUAUGACAAGUACCGGCAGGAGAUGCAGAAGACGGGGUACUAUUCUCCAGGCAUGGCUGUGACCGGGGUGAAACCUCCGAGCAGCUCCGUCCUCCAGAGACUGAGCGGGAAGUCGGACAGUUUUCACGAGGAUGCGCCUGAGAAAUAUCUGCAAGAGCAGCAUGUUAACCAAGAAGGAGCCGGUGUCUAUCGCUCACCCAGAGCUCUGAGGCCUCAGCUGGGAUUAGGGGCGGUCACCAGGCAGCCUGCCGCCAAGACAAGAGUUCAGCAGACAGGUCAGAGGUCGACCACGACCCCGAGCCAUUCCACCCAGGCAGCCGGAGCGUCCACACAAGGCUACCAGGACUCUGCAGGAGAGCAAAAGAGAUCAGGAGACAGAGGUCCAGAGACCACCCCCAAGAGCCUCCUGCUCAAACCAGGCCAGUCUGGUCUCCGUCCUCCGGGCUUCUCCGCCCUGCCAGCUGCCCGUCUGGCCACCUUCGGCUUUGUCCGGAGCUCCAGCGUCUCGUCUGUGUCCAGCAACCAGUCGAACGAAAGUGGUCAGAGUGAUCCCUGCCGAGCUUCUCAGCAUCCCAGCAGCGGCAGCGAUGACACACCUCUCCACAAAGCGACACCGCCCCCCACCGAAGCCUCCCAUCCUCAGAGCCGGUCUCAGCCCCCCAACGCCCCCAGCCUGCAGCGCCGCAGCGUGCCGCCGCAGCGCAGCUCCCCUCUCGCCUCGAGGAGGGAGAUGCAGAGAGACGUGGAAGCUGUGCUGCCACCAAAGUCGUCUCCUAAAAGAUUUGCAGUGGUUUCACCCAAACCACAGUCCCCUGUCCGUGGGAGGACAGCAGCAGCGACAGGAGGUCCUGGGGCGGUUCGGACUGAAAGGGCCCAGGAGCUGGACCGGGCUCUGAUCCAGCAGCUGAGAGAACGUUGUGAGCAGCAGGCCCUGCAGCUGGAGAGCCUUCAGGCCCAGUUAAAGAAGGCCUCGCUGUGCCUGGACGUCUUCGGCAUCACCACCCAGCACUUCUGUCAAAAGAGUGAGAGUGCCAUUGUGAAGGAGAGGGAACUGUCCCUGGAGCUCGCCAGAAUCAGGGAUGAAGUGGCUUUCAGUGUUGCACACUGGGAGCAACUGCAGAAGGAGAAGCAGGAACUGGAGCGGCGUUUCGAGGCUGAGCUGCAGGGUUUGCGGGCUCAGCAUCAGAGGGAGCUGGGAGCGCUGGAGGAGCGGCUGAAGGAGCAGCACAGGGCCGAGACCGAGAGCCUGCAGGCCCAACAAAGAGGCGAGCUGGAGGAGCUGCGAUUAGAACAGCAGGAGCAGAUCGAGGAGAUACGUGACGAACAUGAGACUUCCUUGAUGGAGAUAGAGAUGGCUCACAAUGACACACUGGCUACUCUGCAGGAGGAGCAUGCCAGGACUGUGAAGAAUCUGAAGAUGGCCCAUGAACAGCAGACAAAGUCUCUGGAAGAAGAGUUUGAAAAGAUCAGACUGUCACUGCAGGAUCAGGUAGACACGCUGACGUUUCAGAAUCGCAGCCUCAGAGACCGAGCCAAGCGCUUCGAGGAAGCUCUGCGCAGGAGCACGGAUGAGCAGAUAGUGGAUGCUUUGGCACCGUAUAAACACAUCGAGGAGGACCUGAAGAGUCUGAAAGAAGUUCUGGAGAUGAAGAAUCAGCAGAUUCAUCAACAGGACCUGAAGAUCUCGGAACUGGAGAAAAUACAGGCUGAAAAGAAUGUGUACCUGGAGGAGAGAGUGCAGGUGUUGCAGCAGCAGAACGAGGACCUGAAGGAAAGAAUAGACAAGAACGUGGCUGUGUCAAGGCAACUCUCAGCGGAGAACGCCAACCUGCAAGUGAACGUGGAGAAGGAGAGCAACGAGAAGAAGCGGCUGAGUCGCACUAACGAGGAGCUGCUGUGGCGUCUUCAGACAGGCGAGCUGAGCCCUCGUAUGACUCCCACCUCCUCACCCAUCCAUCGACCCACCUCUGGACCGGGCUCCCCUGCUCGCCCACACUCGUACCAUCAAUGACACUGUCAGCAGAAGCUGUUGUAUCUUUGUUUCAUUUGGCAUCGGAAGCCCUGAGUUUGUUUGUUUUUUUAGACUCUUGGUUGAAUGUUCCUCUCAGUGAAAAGGAGUCAGAUUUUACCAUGUGUAGAGACACAUAUACGUUUGUUACUUAGGAGAUGUGACGCAUUUCCAAAGUCCAACCCCAGGAAUUUUUCAUCUCUGACCUAAAGAAUUGUAUUAAUGAUGAGGCCCGUAUCGUUCAAAAGGGAAAUUCUCUGCCCUCCUUUUCUUCUAUUCCACCUGAAAGACGCGCUGCAGAUUAAAGACGUGGGCGUUGCGGACUCUAGAGAGCAGGAUCAGAGUCAUGGUGCCUCAUUCCCAAGAUUUUGCCUCCAUCACCACCUUCUCAUCCAGCGCUCAGGAUGAUGGACGUACAAGACAUGGCAAACAUCAAGUACAACACAACGAACACAAGAAGCGCCUUUGCCGUCCAUUUUUCUCCCACCAGCAACGUUUGUCAAGGCACAGGCGAUACUUUGAGUACAGUCACAAACCUACCUAACAGUCAGCUACUGUGUGGAUUCUUCUCCGGGGCAUGUUUACCUUUUCAUGCUGAAAGAUUUCAUACAUCAGGAGUGUAUGAAUGACUGCUUAGCCAUCCAACCUCAACCGAUCCAUCCGUCUUUAGAUCUCAGCCUUGACCUGAAAUGUAAGAUGACAACAACAUAAUUCAUAAAUCCAUCAAACUGCCAACACAGUGUAACUAUGAUACUGAUUAUAAUUUGUAAAAAAAAAAUGUACAUGUAUUGCUCUCUUUAAAGCAUGUUCUGUCUUCCAGUUAUAUGCAUUUUAGUUUUAGGAUUACAGUGUGACGAUGCGGAGCAGAGGGGUGAAGGGGCAACACGUCCUCAUACCUAAACUAAUGAAAAUGUCGACUGCCAGUGACUCCGAAAACGACAAAUAUCACCGUUAAACAACAGCACCGUGACAGCGUACCAUCAGGAGGCGUACCGGGCCUCUGUUGUACACUCGUAGUUUGGUCAGGUUUAGGCAAGAAAACUGCUCAGUCAGGUUUAGGAAAACAUUGUGGUUUGGGUUAAAAUAAGUACGGUAGAAAGUUUAAAACUUUACCCCAACCCUCCAUCCAGUCCUCCUCCCUUUGUGGACAAUUCUCUUCAUAUUACUUGACCUGACCACCGCCGUUGCUGCUGUAUUAUUUACUAUGGCCACUAGAGGUUGCUGCCUAUCACAAGAGAUGUAACCAUGGGUGGUAAUAAGCUGCUUUCACAGUCAUCCUGUAUGGUGUUUUUUUUCUGAUGAGGAAGGUCUGGAAGGGGAAACACACGUCACCUCUCUUUUCUAAUAGAAACAGAGCAGGAUUAAGUCAAAUGAAACCAAGAAACAGAUCACUGUAUUAUACGUUUCAGACUAACUUCGCAUUUUAUUAUGUGAGACGUUGCCCCUUACCUUCAGUCGGAUCACGAAAACAAAAAAAUGUCCCUCCAUACGAAAGUGCAGGAUCUGUAGAAACCACCAAAGAGCAAAUCUUUCAACACAGCAGUUCAUCGUGUACUGUAGCGGUCACAUGUCUGGAGUUCAGUGCUGCAGAAUCUGACAUAAAUGGUGCAGACGUCGCCGUUCUCGUCAACAUGGUUUGACCUGAAUGCAUUUAAAAUCCAGUUUCUGUUCCUUCUGUUGCAGACGCACAGUUUUACAUACUUUCUUUAAGUGAACCUUAUCAUCACUCUUGCAGCUGACUCAAACGUUCUGAUUGUUUUAUGUGUCUUCUGAUUUAUUAAACAUCAGAAACCCUCAUGGACAAAAACAAAAAAAAAGAAUAUGGCUUCUAAACAUUCAACAUCAAUUGACUCUCAGUAAAAAUCCUUUGUUUUGAAUUUGAAAGAAAAGAGAAUCAUAAAAAAAACCUGCAAGCUGUUACCUCAUUUCUCAGUGUAGAGAAUAAUCUCAGGUCUUGAGGAGAAUUAUGAGUAAUAGAAGGGAAGCAACUGCCAUAGCUUUGUUUUUCUCAAUUAAUGAUACUGUUUUUUUUGUUUUUAAUCAUGAUUAUACUUUGCUCAUGUUUACUUCACCAAUCAGCUCAACUGUGUUCUGUAAGAUAGCCUUUUCUAUAAAAAUGAGUUGGAUGUACAGAAUAUGUUGAACUAUUUUAAAGAGCAUAGUGCAGUCAACACAUAUAUGAAAGUAGAUUGAAGAAAUAUUGCUUUAUUAUAAUAAUGCUGUGAUAUAAUAAUCAGCACCCCCAGACACAUACAAUUAGCUCAAACAGGGAUUUGGUUGUGGGUGAGUUGCAUUAGUUGAUGAUGUGUAUUUCAAUCUUUCCCUCCAUCAGGUACUCUGAUUGCCUCUGUGUCCCGUGGACACGACCUUGUGCUCAUUUACUGAAUGUUUGUUCGACACUAGAAUUAGAAGUUUUGUUUACAGUUUACAUCCAGUGUCGGAGCAGGUCGGUGUAUGAGGUGGAUGCUGGCACUUCAGUUGAUUGUUUACAGGACUUCUCUUGUAAAGAUUCAGUAUUUCAGAAAUUCAUGCUCUGGGUAAGUUAUAUGAAAGCAUGUCUUAAUAAUGUGCAUUAUUUCUGUUUGACAUCUCUUGUGCAUUUCAUAUAUGUAUUUAUUUAUUUAUUUAUUUAUUUGUCCUCCUCCAGAACUCCAUCUGUAGCUUAACUGGUUAAAUUAUUGUGGUCAGUGAUGAUACAUUAAUGUCUAUGUUGCACUUUGUAUUUAAGUAUUAAAUCACAAUAACAAAAU